UUGUGCAGCGCGAGCGUCGUGGGAAGCAGCGGGUAUAGCCUUUGUUUUCUGGGCUGCCUUCCCCGCGGCGGGAGCACUGGGAGGGCGGGGCUACGCUGCACAUGCAUCCGCUUAUUAGCUCCAGCGAAUAUCCGGGCAAGGCGAGGGUGUGGCUGCACCGGGUGUGGCGGCGUGUGGCAGCGAGCGGCGACCAGCCUGGCAGUGGCUCCUCCAGCAGCUGUAGUUCUGCUCAGGUGGGCAACUCACGCACGCGCAGGGCGAGGUGAGGAAAAAACAAACAGGCGCUAUGGAGGAGGAGAGGACAGCAACAGCACCACCAACGGUAGAGGGAGAGUCGCCCACGGAAGGAGAGUCCGCUAAGGUGGUAGAGCUCGCGAAGGAGGGCGAGGUGGCCAAGGAGAAUGACCUAAUACUGGACUACAAGGUGCUCACCGCAGGGCUCACGCCGACGCCCGACAACCUCCUGUACCUGGACGGCUACCUGGACGCCUAUAUAGAGAUGAACAAGUUUCUGGGCGUCUUGGGUGCCAUCUUCAACAUGGUUACCAACGAAGUCAAGUCUAAGGUAAGCAUCCUCCGUGAGCACCGGCAGAGUGCUGAGGGCGAGCACUACGAGACGGUGUCCUCCUUGCUGCGCUACGAGCAGAGCCAGGCCCACGGGGGCGUUCCUGGCGACCGGGGGGGCAGGCCGUCCGGCGCCCGAACACUGCUGCGCCUCCACCGUGCCCUGGAGUUUGUGAUGGAGUUCCUGGGGCUGCUGCUGAGGCCCAAGGAGGGGUUCUUCGGCGGGCAGGUGUCCCGUGUGUACGGCGCCACGCUGGGCAGACACCACAACUCGCUGAUCAAGGCCACCACCUCCACCGCCCUCUUCACCAUGUCUUCCCACGCCACGAUUAUGCAGAAGAUGAUGAAGGGGAAGACGGUGAUGUCGGACAGCGUGCGGCUGAAUAUGGAGCAGGCCAUCGCCGCCAUCCGGGCCGCCUACGACUACACGCAGAGCCUGUACCAGCAGUACGGCUACCUAGACCUCCCCUGAGCAGGACCCGGCUCUCCGCAGGGACCCCAUGCCACCGUGACCUGCCGGGGCACAGAUGGAAAAGAUCAAGAAGGAUGGUACAAUUAACGUGACUCAUUCAUCCAGUCAUUGUGUUUACGUCGGUAAAUGUUUCAUAUACUUCUAAAUUUUCUCUUGAUACCCAAGUGUCCCCUCCGUAUUUCUUCGUAUUUUCCUUCUUAAGCUAUGGGAAUAUAUUUUUGUAAUGAUUAUUUUUCUAUUUUGUUCUUUUUUGUCAUCUGUGUUCCUGAUCCAUUAAUUUGAAUUUAAAUACAAAGAUUGGAACACU